AAGAGAGCAUUCAAGAUGAAACCGUAAGAGAGCAUUCAAGAUAUGUAUACAAGAUUGAAUGAUAUAGUCACCAAUCUCAAAGCUCUUGGUAAAGUUUAUCCUUCUCAAGAAGUGCUUGAAGAUCUUAUUGGAAAAUUGAUGACAUAUGAGAUAGAAGUUCAAGUUGAUGGUGGAGUUGAAGUAGUUGAGAAGAAGAAGAAGGAUGUUGCAUUCAAGGCUAGCAACCAAAAGGAAAAGAGUGAAGAUGAUGCCAGUGAUGGUGAAAACAUCUCCACUUUGAUCUCUAGAGAAAUGGGGCACUAUAGAAAUGAAUGUCCCAAAUUGAAGAAGGGUGAGAAGAAAGGCAAGAAGAGCAUGAAGAAGAAAGCUUUUGCUACCACUUGGAGUCAUGAUGAGACUAGCUCAACGGAAAGUGAAAGCUCUUUGGAGAAAGGUGUUGCAAAUCUUUGCUUCAUGGCUCAAGAGGAUAGCAACCAUGAUGAGGAGGGCAAAAGCAAAAGGAAACAGAUUGGGAGUUCUAGUGCCGGUGGCCAAACCCAAGAAGAAGGUAACCUCGUUGAUAAUGCUCUAUUUGUGGAUGAUGAUGCCAUUAAUCACUAUAAUGUUGUCAAAAACUUGGCUGUGUUACCAUGCAACAAUUGGAAAAGGUUGAACCUUGAUAGAUUUAUUUACCACAACAUUAUCAAGAAUUACUCCUUAGAUAUGGGUUUUCCGCAUGGUGCAUUGAUCACUAGGCUAGUAAAGAGGAACAACAUUGAUCUUGAAUCUUUUAAGCAUGGGAAAAUUAAAGCUGGGACUACUCUCACUCAAGCAUCCUUUGAGAAAAUGCAAAUUGUGUUCCAGAAUGGUGAUUGCAGGAAAAGAGGGGAUCAAGCAAUGGGACAGCAAAGUGACGAAGAAGAAGGUGAUGCAGAUUAAGAAAUGACAGAACAGAGGGAAGAAGAACAUGGAGGCUUGUGACUAUGUUUUUCUUUGACUAUGGAUAUUUCUUGAACCUUUUUUAUCAUGUUUUAUGAAUGGAAAUGGCAUCACUUGUGUGAUCAUACUUUGUGAAUGGUUGUUUAUGAUUUUGAUGACUAUAUGCUCUUAUUGAGGGGAGUAUUUUGUGCUUAAAUUACUCUUCUUAAUAGUUAUCAUGCUUAAAUGCUUUAAAGAUUGAUGUGCAUGAAUUAAGGGGGAGUUUGUUGAUUAUGUGCUUUUUGAUGAAUGACAAAAAGGGGGAGAAGAAUAUGUUGAAUUUAAUGUCAUUUUUUGGAGUACCUUGUACUGAAAUUCUGGUUAAUAUUGAAGUAUAUAUGUGCUGUCAUAAAUUAAUUCUCAAAGU